AUGGAGCUAGCGGACUCCGACAGCGAAGAGUACGACGAGCUAGUGACGAUGAUGGCGGUAAGCCUCGUAAGAAAGGACAGGAAUCGGAUACCGAAGUACUAUGAGACUGUCGUGGGUCGCUACUUCGGCUUGGAAUGCAAGCGACUUUUUUGACUCUCUAGAGAUACGUUUUAAUCGCUUGUCGCUCACUUUCGUGCGUCGUCUUAUUUUCCCGACGGCCCUGGAUGACGACCGCAAAUCAGGGCCGAGAAAACCUGCCUCAUUCUUCUAAGUUACAUCGGCAGCCAAUGCAGCAUGUACUCUGUUGCCGACCGUUUUGACGUUUCGGAAUCAUCGGUGCACAUGUGCGUGUACAGAGUGCACAACUUUUUGCAAAGCAUCAGCGCAGGUGUCAUCUGUUUGCCCGACCAACAAGAAUGGAUUAAGGCUGGCUUUCUGGCAAACAGUAUGGGCAAAGGGCCACGGAAAACUGUAGGAUGUGUGGACGGAUGUCAUAUUGAAAUUAACAAGCCGGCAGAGUCCCCACAGUCAUACUACAAUCGUAAGAAGUGGCCCUCACUCCUUCUACAAGGUGUGUGCGACGACAGAAAGCAAUUUAUUGACGUUUUCAUUGGGUUCCUGGGUUCGGCACAUGAUGCCAGAGUGCUUCGUGAAAGCCCACUCUUUGAAAAUGCUCCAGCAAAAUGCAGCAAUGGCUACCUCUUAGGUGACUCAGCAUACCCACUCCAGCCGUGGCUGCUGACACCGUAUCGUGACAAUGAAGGUAGCUUCCCCACCUGGAAGAAGCGGUUUAACAAGUGCCAUUCACAGCAGUGAGUGGCCGUAGAGAACACGUAUGGCCUGUUGAAGCAACGCUUCAGGACGUUGUAUCUUGUUGACGCUGCUAGCAUAAAGCAGUGCUGUUUGACCAUCAUGGGCGCAUGUGUUUUGCGCAACAUCUGUAAUCAGGAACAUGACUUUUUGAUGAACAAGAAGUGUCCACACACGAAGAAGUUGGAAAUGACGAGGAAACCAACAUCCAAGUUGAAGUAUUGUGAGAGCCUGCACAAGUCAAUAGCACAGAACCAGUGCUAG